AAAAACAAAUUAAUGAUAAUUUAUAUCAAAUAAAUAGUUCACUAGAGUUUAAUAUUGAAAAAACUGUUGAAAAAAUCACUACAAACGUUAUGAAUAAUUUAUCACAAAUAUAUGGAAAAGGUGUUAAUAAUACGGUUUUUCAAGACACGUUGUUACAAGGAAAUAAACAAAUAGUAAAAGAAACCAUAACCCGUAAAGAUGAAAAGAACACAGAUAUAAUUACAAUUGAUUUAACAGAAGAAAAUGUACAAACAGAAGAAAACUUAGAAGAUUAUAUUGAAGAUGAAAGAAAAAAUAUCAAUGAAAACGAGAAUAAAGAAGCAAUAGAGGAAAAUCAAGAAAAACAUUGUUUUACUGAAAGUGAAGAUAUUUUAAAAAUAAUAGAUGAUUUAGAGCAAUUUAUUAAAAUAGAAGAAAAACCCCUCAACGAAGAACAUAAUCAGAAAAGAAAUCGUUCAGAUUCCAAUGACUCACAAUUACAAAAUACAAAGAAAAUUAAACGUCCUUCUAUAAAAUGUUAUAAACAAAUUGAAAUAACACCAAAUAAUUCAAUCGAAACUAUGGAUUAUAAUUUAGCAGGAAUUGUACAAAGUCUUAUAUCUAAUGCUAUAGAUAGAACUGACUGUUUGCCUUUGUUACAGUGCAUCGGUAUUGUUAAUGAAAAAUUAUUAUACAUUUGCUACAACGAAAACUCGUAUACAUGGCUUAAAACAGUAUUAAAUGAUCAAUUCGAAGUUUUAGAUGCUGAAGUUAAUUUAGAGGGUAGACGUAAAUUAAAAAUAAAUUUAAAAACAUAUAUCUAUGAUGAUACAUCGAAAAUAUUAAAUAGAUUAAAAAUGUAUAAUUCAUAUUUAGAUGUUGAUAGUUGGAAGAUACAUAAGACAUUUGUUUCUGUAGAUGAAACAUUUCUAUGGGUGGAAGUGGACGAGGAAGAUUAUAAUGUUAUAAGUCGAAAUGAUUUUUCAUUAUUUGCUGGAAUCGAUAAAGCUACAUUCAGUGUUGUAUGGGAAUAAAUUUAUUUAAAAAUAAUUUCCUAAUAAAUCUGCCAAAUAUAACUAAAUAAGAUUU